ACGAGAUUCAAGAUGUCAGCUCCCAUGGAAGUGAAAUGUUUUUAUUUUUUAAUUCUUAGUUUUUGCUGUAUCUUUGGGAUUGUAGCAUUUGAAUCGAUAAACAAACAAACAAUAGAUCAACUGAGGUCCUCAAGCGACUUCUUAGUUGUUUAUUACGGGACUGCAAACUGUGAAGCAUGUUUAACAUCUGCAAAACUAUUGGAUGCAAUUCGUGAUAAUUCCCUAAUACAAGAUCUGAAGAUAAUUAAGACUGAAGAUGCAGAAGCAGCGAAGGAUCUCUCCAUUACAACAUUCCCACAGAUUGUCUUCUUCCGUAAAAACAAUCCUAUUAUAUACAGCGAACCGCUUGAUGAUGAAGAUACCACGGAUGAUAUCAUCAUGUGGUUGAGCAAUAAUGUAGAAGUUGCAACAAAAGUUCUUGAUGAUGACAACUUUGAGCAUCUUACCCAAGCUUCUACAGGAGCCACAACUGGUGACUGGCUCGUCAUGUUCUACUCAGAAGAAUGCUCAUCUUUGCUGCCAUCUUUCGAAGGAGUGUCUGCAAUCAUAAAGCAACGUCAGAAUGGGGCAAUAGUGAACAUUGAUAAAAGUCCAAAGUUAAAGAAGAGGUUUAAUAUUCAACGCUGCCCAACAAUUAUAUUUUUCCGGCUUGGUAAGCAGUAUACUUUCAAUGCCAAGUAUGAUACAUCAGCCUUGACCUCAUUCGCUGGGGGUUGGUACAAAAAUAUGCCAUCACAAAAAGUGUUGCCACUCCCAAGUCCUUUCGAUGAAUUAGUGGAAAAUAUUGCUCAAGAUCUGAAGAAUGUUAUAAAUGGACCUAAUGGAUCUCUUGUUGUGAUGGUCACCAUAGCAGCAUUGAUAGCCUUAAUGGUUGUCAUAGCAAUAUGUUUUGUAUGUGCUCCGAGACAGAAGGACACAAAAAUGGACUGAGUUUAAGAAAAUCGAGCUUAAUACUUUUAAACCAUAAACGUGCAAUUUGUUAUUUUAUGUAUGCGAGACCUGGAAUUAUAUGUACAUCUUUGCUAUUGGAGGUUUCAAAUAUAGAUAAUCUG